UAAACCCGAAGCGGACCCCGGAAGCACUGUCGUUACUUACCAGCCGACCAGCCCGUUGUUAGAGCGAUGUGUUGCCGCUGCAGCGGGCACGGCAACGCCGGAGCUGUAUUGUGGCUCAAAUGAGACCUUAACAUGUAUUAAUAAGACUUGCCCGAGAAUAUAUAUAAGGAUUAUUGAGGUGUCGGCCUACCUGUCAGCCCACAUAUGUUCUUCAUUCUGAACCCUGGUCCAGGAAAUGCACAGCACAGCAUGUUAUUACUGUAAAGAGAGAACACAUUAGGGUAGUAUGCAGUCUUCAAACCACCGACUGCGAGACAUGGAGCAGCACCACCCGCUGCUGUCGGCAGGAUCAGACGUGGAGUCGGGGAGCCUGGCAGCCGGAGUCAUCGUGGGGAGUCCUCACGCCAGCCACGCAGGGGCGAAUCGCCCAGUAUGGUUCAUCCAGGACAGCUGUGGGAUGGUGUGUGCCGGCAUCACCUGGUUCCUGGUGCUCUACGCUGAAUUUGUGGUGAACUUUGUCAUGCUGCUGCCCAGCAAGAACUUUUGGUACGCGCUGCUGAACGGGGCCGCCUUCAACUCUCUGGCUGUGCUAGCUUUGGCCUCACAUCUGCGCACCAUGAUGACUGACCCGGGUGCCGUUCCUAAGGGCAACGCGACAAAGGAGUACAUGGAGAGCUUACAGCUGAAGCCUGGUGAGGUCAUCUACAAGUGCCCGAAGUGCUGCAGCAUCAAGCCUGAGAGGGCUCACCACUGCAGCAUUUGUAAAAGAUGCAUUCGCAAGAUGGAUCACCACUGUCCCUGGGUCAAUAACUGUGUGGGAGAAAAGAACCAGAGGUUCUUUGUGCUGUUCACUAUGUACAUAGCCAUGAUUUCAGCCCACGCCCUGGCCCUCAGUGGCAUGCACUUCUUCAGCUGUAUAAAAGUCCAGUGGAAUGAGUGCAGUGACUUCUCUCCGGGGGUAUCCGUGCUACUGUUGAUCUUCCUCUGUCUUGAAGCCAUCCUCUUCCUCACUUUUACAGCAGUAAUGUUUGGUACGCAGAUCCACUCCAUCUGCAAUGAUGAGACGGAAAUUGAACGUCUCAAAAAUGAGAAGCCAACAUGGGAGCGUCGCAUGAGAUGGGACGGGAUGAAAUCAGUGUUCGGAGGUCCGCCCUCCCUGCUGUGGUGUAAUCCAUUCACCGGCCUGCGUCUUCGGCGCUUGUUGCUUUUGACCCACAGUCGUCGCAGUGGGUCUGAGUUUUCUGUCUGAGAGAAGGUUAGACCGGGGAAGCUAAAGAACACUUAUCCGCCUCAAAAGCGAGAUUCCUUGUUUUUUCAGGGAGCUGCUCUGAGCCUCUGCUCCCUGAGGCUGUUUUUUAUCAUUUGUGGAUGACACAAAGACAGGCUGCUCCUGUGGGACCACAGUGCAUCUCAACCACCACUCAAAGUUUGAAAUAUCACUCACACUUGCUGACAGAGAUCCAACACCUGUGGUCUGCACGAGUACAACUUGAAUAUAGUUUUUAACAUGAGCAGCUUUUAGGUUUCUGUGUGUGUUUUUAGAUGACGCAUGCAGUUUGUAACUGGAGUGAGCCUUUUAUUCCUUGCGACACCCUCCAAGGUUGCUGUUUGAGUCCAACUCGUGCACCUUCAGUAGACGGCCGCUGCAGCUUGUUUUCUUUGCUGGACACAUGAGAUUCAAGAUCAGCUUUUAAAGUCUUGAUCCGGGAUCGGCGACAUAUCUUUGAUCAUCACUGGACCCCAGACGAGUCGGGGUAAGUGAAACAGUUCUAUUGGACUCAGACGAGGGAUUCACAGUCAAGGACAUGCACCACUUUCAUGGCGCUAGAGGAGAAACUCUGGAUAUGGAGCACAGAGGGACAUCAAAAAUGGAUCUGUGCUGCCUUGAUUUGCAUGGACAAGAGCUCUAUUAGUCAGCAUCUCCACCUGAAAACAAGGCGUUCACUAUGUUUGAAUGGAUGAACAGGAAGCUGAACACAUGCCUCAUUCUUAUUCAGUAGGACUGAGUGGCUUUUCAUAUCUGCUCAUCUUUGUCUUGUUUGUCUCCUCAAGCUGAAAUGGUAAAUUCUAUAGACUACUUGGGUCAGUGGAAAUAAAUAUAUUGUUUUUUUUAUAACUGCCAAAGCCUCUUUAUCUUUCAUCGCAGUGACCACUCCUCAACAGUUGACCAUGAUGACUCACUGGAGAUGAAAACUUUACUUUGGAAUCUCUGUUAGGGAAAACAAUCAGUUUUGUACUACCUGUUAAGUCUAUGUCUGUAAAUUUGUCAUUCCUCCAAUUCAGGUGGAUCAACUUUGCCUGCUGAAAAGACUGAAUGUCACUUAGUUUUAAGUUCAUCGCACUCCUUAAGUGGAAAACUACAGACUACUUCUGUGUAUAGUAGGAGUCCAUGGAAAAUUAAACCUCAUAGCAUUUAAACCCUUAGAAACAAACAUAAACCCCCCGGAGAAGGAGCCGAGUCUCUGACAUGGCGGUUUUGCAUGCUACUCAGCCGAAAUGUGGUGACACAAACUGAAAAGCAGAACUAAAAACAUUAGCACAAGCUCCUUUGGAUCAUUGUGAGCUUAUUCUGAUCUUAAGGGUCCAGGCUCCAUUGUGCAGCCUGUCUGCAGAGUUACAAAAGAGCUGCUUUGCUGGAAGAGGCUGAGGUACCGGGCUCAUUAUUCAAGCUUUAACACUGAGCAAAGUCAGGAGAAGCGCUGCGGAUGCUUGAGAGGCCUUUCCUGCUUCACUCCAGAAAUGUCAGACCUGUGACGUAUAGCAGCAGAUUCUUUUCCAGUGUUACUAGAACACUCCUCCAUGCCUUCAAAUUCAUUCAGCCAUAUUUAUGGAAGUGUUCUCUCGUUACAUGACAACUUGUCUCUUAUUCUGACAUAAUCAGCAGGCCUGUUUGCACUGGAUGGAUGUGGCUUUUUGAAUCUGUAGUACAGGAUUUAAAGUCGAGCCUGGCUGAUAGAUGGGUGUUAUCAAUGUUUUGUCAAUUCUUGUCUCGUUUUAUCAUAUUUUAGACAAUGUACGGCUGUUUGUUCUCAUCUGUGGUUGUCAGAAGAAGGAACUCAAACUCCACUGUUUACACUAAAGGGUCAUAUCUGAUGCUUAAAAAAAACAUGCUGUCAUGAGAAUGUAAAACACGUCUUUUUGGGGGGGACUACGGGACACAGCACUGAAACCGAAAUAGUUGCAGUAUUGUUUUUUAACGCCAGCCUCACGUGUCUGAUUUUAUUCUGCAGAAUUGCAUCAUCUUUGCAACAAUUGAUUGCUAUUGUUACUGUUUGGUGAUUGGCAGGUUCUUACUCAGCCAAUGUCAUAUCUCUUUCUCAUUUCAGCAGUCCUUUGUUUUUAAAUCUUAACAUGUCUUCUAAUUUAUGGUGUGAGUUGUAAAGGGGCACAUGUUGACGAAGCGUGCACACAGCAUGUCCUUAAAAUCUGUAAACAAGCUGUCUUUUGCAUUCAUACAUGUGCAGGAAAGUAGAAGUUUUUUUCGGCAGUUUCACACACAUGCUGCCAUUAUUAAAACCAGUUGGUGGUAUUGGUGGCAAAAAUACAUCUAGAGCCAGUGAGAGGUCUCCAUAAGACCAAUAAUUACAAAAUGUGAUUAUAAUAGACGUUAAUGUGAAACAGGACGUGAGAUAACAGUGGCAGUACUAAUACACUGAAACACUAAACUUUUAGAUGUAAAUGUUGGAAGUAGCAUAACACCUGUGCUGGUUUGGGCUAGUGUUUGACAGAUGUUGCUGUGUUGAAUGAAUGUCAAUAUUCAAUAGUGACCGGUGUUAUUUGUGCAAAAACUUGGGCUUGGUUGAUGUAUACAAGUAUUAAAUAAUAGGACAUUCAUGAUUCAUGACCCAA